CAAGGGCGUGUCCCGAAAUGGAUGUAGAGAGAGAAGAAUGCUCAGGUGUGUCAAAGCGGCGGUUACGUGACGUAAGUAACUAUCAAAGUCACGUUAUCGCGUCGGUUGAUUUUGAACUCUCACUUAGAAUAGGUUUCAUUUCGUCUCCAGUUGCUCAAACUUGAAUGUUUUGCGUCCAAAAACAUUACUAACACUGCUCCGACCUUUUGCAUAACUUUCCUCUUCAACGAAUGGCCCUCGCCAGCUCACCCCGAAAGCAAAUACCUCUAGCCACUGGCGACGAAACCAGACCUCGAGAUCUUACUCCUACUGUCAGCCCGAGCCAUACGAAGCGCGUCUUCUUCUGCGGCGUCGUUGUUGAAGGCUCAGAGAAUGGCAAAGAAUUAACUGAGGAAAUCAAAGACUUGGUCUUAUCUUUGGGAGACGUAGUGGAAGAAGAGGAUGUCCUUGGAGAGACAAACAAGGAGCUGGGGAACAUUGAACACCCUGCCACAAGAAAGCGUGCCCUCGCAGAAUCCUCUGCUCUUGCGUCCGCAAUCAACGAGCUGGUCACGACUGAGCGCUCUUAUGUGAAGAAGUUACAGACUCUGAAGAGGGAUUAUGCCGAUCCACUGCGAAAUUUUGCUCGAAGCAAAAGUACUGCCAUCAUUUCAAAAUACGAAGCAACUACGCUUUUUGGAAAUAUCGACAGCCUCCUACCCGUCAAUGAAGCAUUCUUAACAGACCUGGAGAAAAUGAUAGCUCCAAACGGCUAUAAAGCGGUUGGUGGAGUUGGUGAUGUUGCACUUCGGCACUUCAAGGAGUUAAAGGGCUUCGAGCAAUACAGACAGUAUUAUGUGAAGAGAGAAGAGGCACAGCGCUUUAUUGAGCAGGAGAUGGAAAAACGUUCGUCUCCGUUCGAAGACUAUAUUGAACGAGUCAAAUAUCAAUCAACGGAUGCAAGAAAUCGAGUCGGACUUCGGGAGCUCCUCAUGGAACCUGUUCAACGAAUUCCGCGGUAUACAUUACUCUUUCGACUCAUGAUCAAGCAUAUGCCUCCGCACGACCCUCAAAGGGCGAAACUAGAGGAGGCAGAUGAUAUUGCGAGUAAGAUCGCACUGGCAGAAGCAGAUGAACAGACAAAACGCGCCGCUAUCGUGUACUGCCUUAUCGCUACCAUCGACGGCUUCCCUCCAAAUAUGUUUUCCAACUCUCGCCGCUUCAUUGACUGUAUAGAUGUUGAAGACAUAUUGUUGGAAGCGCCUUCCUCCUCUUCUGCAUCAUCUACCUCUCUCGUUGGUUCCCUACAUUGUACCUUGUUUCUUUUCGACGACAAGUUGCUCAUAGUGAAAAGGCCUGGUAACGGUGAAAAAAGUGGACGGGUAUUAGCAGGGUUAGAUGAGUUGGACAAGAUCACUAAAAGCGGUUUGCCAACUGGAAAGAAAAAGAACGGAAUGGUCUGUAAAGGUGUUCUUGAUGUGACUGACGUCGUCGCGACUGAUCAGGGUGGCGCAGAUUUUCACCUUUACCUGGAGACUCCUCCUCAAGAUCAUAGUGAAAGAUGGUCUGGCCGGCCAUUCCGAUCCUUGUCUGUAGUCCAUCCACCGUCUCCGAUUAAUUUGGACCCUUCUCAGACUGAGGUCGACAAGCAACGUUUCCUCAAGAACCUCUGGAAUGUGCAAGCUAGAUACCGAGCGCGCUCAGGACAGUCUGUGGUGCUUUGUUCCGAGGAAAUGGAGGUAGAGUCUAGAGGGGGAAGACUCACCACUGCUCGAACGUACUAUAAUGUUUAUCAAAGAACUGCGUUCCUCCAAGAGAUCAAGAAGACCAAGAUUGUUGUACAUGUCGACGCACUGGGGACAGCUGAUGACAUUCCUUUCGGGAUGCGAGGUCCUCCGCUUGCUGUGAUUCGACUUCAACCCCUGGCAGGCGGCAUGUGCCGGUACAAGGUCACUUCAAGUGAUCCUUCCGAUCCUGAGGAAGUGGAUGUAGUGCAGACCAGACGAGUCCCUCAACGGAUCGUAUUGACGAUUCAUCAAUUCGGUCUUUUCCAUUUCAAAACCGACAAAAACUCUCGACCCUCUACGCCGACGGCGCGUUCCAAAGCGUCCAUCUUCGGUCUCGACGCUAUCUCUAGAAAUCUUUUUAACUCGCGGCCUGGCUCUUCUAUGGGUGACUUCUUCGCUGGUUCCGUCAGUAGUCGCAAGCGCACAAAGUCUACCGCCAGCCGAUCAUCUACAUAUACUCAAACAACUUCUACUGGUGAAAGCAGCAUUACAAAAUUCUCUUCUUCAAGAUCCAAUACCAUGUCGACGAUUGCCACUACUGUCGAUGAUGGUUCAUUAGCUUCGACCCGUUCAAGGACGAAGAAUGACAGAGGAAGGUCGCCUGGUCCGUCUUCGGAUGCAGACGACUCUUUCAGCCGUAGUCUCAGCCGCAGCCUGUCGAGGUCUAUAUCUAGAGCAUCGAAGUCCAGAUCUGUGUCUCGAGAUAGAGAGUCAGAUUACACGGAUACAGACGACGAUGAGCAAAUACAAAUAUUGGACAGGUCAGAUAACGACAUCGACGCACAGCUCGCACUCGCCAGGAGAAACAGUAAGAGCCAGAAUGAUAGACAGGUCCCUGUCAGAAGUUCCCAGCCGAGUACUGCUCCUAUAUAUGAAGUAGAAGAGUUCCCUCAUCCUGCCCGACCCGCCUCUCGCGCAUCUACCGCUAGGGAUUCCACCAGUCAAUGUACGAUUACCGAGGAUCCCAGAUCACCCCGAUCUCUUUCUCGACAUUCUUCCGAUCGCCGUCCUAUGGGACCUCGAAGUCCGUCACCACUUCCACCUCCUAGAUCCCCCCGUCCACUCUCGCCACCGCUUCCCGAGCUUCCUUCAAUAGAUGACGAGCUUGCGGCUGAAAUUAGUGACAUUGUGCAACCAACUCCAACGAAGUCAGGCAUACCUCGUAGCAAACGGCAAAUCUUUCAUCCUGUGAAUAACAUCGAUUCAACACCGAAGCCACAUAUGAAUGGUAUGGCUCGAGCAUCCAGUUCCGUUGAGCCAUUGUCCAUCAAGAAGAAAACCUCUGUCCGGAAUGCAAUAGACUCGACUGACACUCCCGUGACUGGUCGCAAGAGUGGACGUAAUUCUUUGAGCAGGACGCCUGCUAGGACAGUUACAUCAUCGCCUAGACGGGUCUCACCCCAAAUUCGUCUUGGGAAGGUGGCAGGGCCAUCUGUAUCUUCACCUCACAUGGUCCAUGACCUUGACAAAAUCGUUUCCUUAGCUCGAACGACAAAGGAAGAUGUUGAAUCAUCGCAUCGGGCAGUCAAACGACUGAAGGUCGAAGUCGAGAAGCAUACCUCAGCAAUCGUGUUAUCAGACAACGAUAUAUCUAGACCUUCCUCACCCGCAAAGGGCUUCCGAACGCCACAGAGAGGCGCUCCUCCUUUGACGAAGGCAGCCCAGGAGCGAUUAGAGGAAAUGAGAUCUCUCAUCGGCCAGAGAACUGGAGAGAGCACGCCACGCAGCCACCGGCCACCUGGCGGUGCGCCUAGUACACCUCUGCGACAGCAUAGUUCAGUGGACUCUCCUAGUAUAUUCAACACGUACAACCAUGCCACAGGUGCUUUGGAUCGUCUAGUAAACGAAGCCGACAGUUCACUAAGUAAAGCAGUCGGCAACCACGAUGCCAUGCAAACUGCGCUCGUAAAGUUGUCGUCUGCAUUCAAGGAGGUGUGUAGCUUCGAUGAUCGCUGUCUAACUUUUUCUUUUUCGUUUACCGAUUUGCAGAGAACCAAUGACCUUGAGCGCAGUAAGGUCGAGCUCCAGAAUUCCCGCCGUCAGUGUGAGGUGGUGAAGAGUCUCCUUGAAGAAUCUACUAAAGAGAAGGAGAUUAUGUACGAGGCUUUCAACGAGGAACUCGAUGCGAUGUAUAACGAUGUGAACCUUCCUGAAGACGAGGCAUGGCGGGCAAUGACUGAAGAUCUUCGGGUCACAAAAGAAGCACGAAAUAAAUUAACACAAGAGAACUGCGACUUGAAGCAACGCUUGGCUGAAGCAGAGCUACGUCAAGAAGAGUGGGGAGCGCUGUUGCGUGCCCACGGCCUUAUACCAUAGACUUUUUUCUCUAUUGCAUGCUUUUUUCCUUUCGCAUCUAUCAUGGACCUCAUAUGUAUGCGCAUAUCUAACCAUCCAUAUCUGUCUA